AUGGCAAUACGCUCGUCGUGCUCGCUGCUGCUGCUGACCGCCGCCUCCAUGUUCUUCUUGACACUCCCGGCCGCAGACGCCGAUGAUGAGGUGGCGCUGCUGGCCUUCAAGGCGGCAGCGGUUGGUGGCGGCAGCGACGCGCUCGCUUCCUGGAACGGGUGCACUGAUGGUGGAUACUGCAGAUGGGAGGGGGUGAGGUGCCGGGGUAGGCACCGUCGAGUGGUGGCGCUGAGCCUGCCAUCCUAUGGGCUCACCGGCGUCCUCUCGUCUGCCGUCGGAAACCUAUCCUCCCUGAGGAUUCUCAACUUGAUUGACAACGGGUUCAGCGGGAACAUCCCUGCAAGCCUCGGUCAUCUUGGCCACCUCCAUUACCUCAACUUGAGCCAAAAUGCCUUCUCUGGCCCACUCCCUGCCAAUCUGAGCUCUUGCACUAGUUUAAUGGUCAUGGACCUCCGCUUAAUCCAGCUCAGCGGGAGUGUGCCCCAUGAGAUCGGUGACAAGCUGAAGAGCCUCAAAUUACUUGUUCUGUGGAGAAACAAGAUAACUGGAGGGAUCCCAGCGUCGCUAACCAACUUGUCAUCAUUAAUUCAUCUAGACCUCGGAGAGAACCAGCUCAAGGGUAUGAUCCCGACUAGCCUUGGUAUCCUCAAGAACCUCCAUUUUCUUGAUCUCGCCCUUAACAACCUCUCCGGUAAUCUCCCUGUCUCCCUAUACAACUUGUCUUCGAUGGAAGGGAUGCAGAUUCAGUUCAACAUGCUCACCGGCAGCAUCGCUUCUGAUAUUGGCAGUAGGUUCCCGGGUAUGCGAUACCUUGGUCUGUCAGGAAACCAGUUCACUGGGCACAUCCCUGCUUCACUCUCCAACCUUACAUCACUCCAGUUUCUUUACCUCUCAGCAAAUAGGCUAAGUGGAUAUGUGCCUCGCACGGUGGGGAGACUACAUGGUAUACAAUAUCUAUACUUGAACCAUAACAUGCUCGAAGCAGAUGAGGGGGAUGGGUGGGAAUUUAUCACUUCUUUGUCAAACUGCAGCCAGCUCGAGCGAUUACUUAUCACCGGCAACCCUGCAUUCACUGGGCACCUACCAAGCUCACUUGUAAAUCUCUCAACUACCCUGCAAUUUCUCACCUUUGACGCCACUGGGAUUUCGGGAAGCCUCCCCUCAGCCAUCGGCAAUCUGGUGGGCCAAAUCCCUUCAUCUAUUGGAAAUCUCUCAAAGUUAGUUAACCUUCAUGCAAAAAAUACGAAUCUAGAGGGACCAAUUCCAGCAAGCAUAGGAAAUUUAAAGAGUAUAUUUUCCCUCGAUUUGUCAAUGAACCACCUCAACAGUUCAAUUUCUAGAGAGAUUUUCAAACUAACCCUUUCUUUAGGUGAGAUAACUUUGGCUUAUAAUUCACUAUCUGGACACAUCCCCUCUGAAGUUGGUAACUUAGGAAACCUUAACUUCCUGGCUCUAUCAGGAAACCAACUGUCUGGUGAGAUACCAGGAAGUAUUGGGAGGUGCAUCGUACUGGAAGAACUUUGGUUGGACAAUAACUUAUUUAAUGGAAGCAUACCUCAAUAUCUAAGCAAGGGUCUAACUACACUCAAUUUGUCAAUGAAUGAGUUGUCUGGAAUAAUUCCUAGUACCAUUGCAAAUAUCUACGGCCUGCAACAACUGAGUCUAGCACACAACCAUUUGUCAGGGCCAAUUCCAGCAGUUUUACAAAAUUUGACAUCAUUGUCAAAGUUGGAUUUGUCCUUCAACAACCUUCAAGGAGAAGUACCAAAAGAGGGGGUUUUCAGAAAUUUGGAAAAUUUUUCAUUCACUGGAAAUAAUGAUCUUUGUGGAGGAAUACCCCAACUCCAUUUAACCCCAUGCACUAUAGAUUCUGUGAAACAGAACAGAAGACGCCAAAUGAGGUACCUUACAAUUGCUCUAGCAACAACUAGUGCACUCUUAUUGUUAGCUAUGAUUAUUGCACUCAUUCACAUGAUCCACAAGAAGAAGAGCCCGUUCCAACCACCAAUAGUUGAGGAACAGUACCAAAUAAUUUCUUAUCAUGCACUAGAAAAUGGAACCAACGGAUUCUCAGAAGAAAAUUUGCUUGGGAAAGGAAGCUUCGGGGCUGUCUAUAAAUGUGCUUUGCAAGGUGAAGGAACUAUUGUAGCUGUAAAGGUUUUUAACCUUGAACAAUCUGGCUCAAUUAAAAGUUUCAUAGCUGAAUGUGAGGCAUUGAGAAGGGUGCGCCACCGAUGUCUCUUAAAGAUCGUCACCUGCUGCUCAAGCAUCAACAAACAAGGUCAGGAGUUCAAGGCAUUGGUUUUUGAAUUCAUGCCAAAUGGUAGCUUGCAUUGUUGGCUCCACAAAAAAACUGAUAUGCCAACUCCGAACAACACUCUCAGCUUAGCACAAAGGCUGGAUAUUGCUGUUGAUAUCAUGGAUGCCUUGGACUAUCUUCAUAAUCACUGCCAGCCACCAAUUGUCCAUUGUGACCUCAAGCCAAGCAACAUCCUUAUUGCAGAAGAUAUGUCUGUCCGAGUUGGAGAUUUUGGCAUAUCUAGAAUCCUUUCAGAAAGUGCAAGUAGAACUCUGCAAAAUUCUAAUAGCACAAUUGGAAUAAGAGGCUCCAUUGGCUAUGUUGCUCCUGAGUAUAGCGAAGGUUCUUCCAUCACAACUCUUGGUGAUGUUUAUAGCCUAGGAAUAGUGCUGCUUGAGAUGUUUACAGGGAGAAGCCCAACAGAUGAUACUUUCACAGGUUCAUUGGAUCUACACAAGUACUCAGAGGAUGCUCUUCCUGACAAAAUCUGGGGGAUAGCGGAUACAACAAUGUGGCUGCACACAGAGACCUGUGACAACAGUACAAGAAACAGAAUUGAGAACUGUUUGGGACAUGUAAUUGCCCUUGGGAUAUCUUGCUCAAGAAAACAACCUAGAGAGAGAACACUGAUACAGGAUGCAGCUACUGAGAUGCAUGCUAUCAGGGAUUCAUACCAGUUUGGUGGUGGAACAUGAAGGAGUAGUAACUCUAUAGUAAUUUGUAGCAGCAGAGAAAAACUUGAGCUGUGCAUUCUCGGUGCUUG